GUAGCAGCUGCGAUGUUCGCCUUUCUAAAAACAUGGCGGUUGAUUGCAAUUCUUCUGGCUUGCAAUGUGAGCGUCUUGUUAGGCUCGGACGACGGGUCGUUUACGCUUACCAUUCUACACACGAACGACGUUCACUCGCACAUUGAAGAGACCAGCAAGUAUGGAGGCGUUUGCUCGGCUAGAGACAAGGCAAACAAAACAUGUGUUGGAGGAGUUGCCAGGAUCGUCACAAAGGUCAAAGAACUCAAAAAGAAACACCCUGAUUCUCUCUUCAUGAACGGCGGAGAUUUCUUCCAGGGGACUCCCUACUACACGAUUUUGAAACACAAAAUGGUUUCUGCAAUGAUGACCGAAAUGAAGUAUGAUCAUGUGUGCCUCGGCAAUCACGAAUUCGACGAUGGACCCAAAGGACUGGCCCCUUUUUUAGAAAGCAUGAAAGCUGCGAAUAUAAGCGUUGUGAGCACCAAUACUAAUUUCAGCCAGGAACCGUACCUUAAAGACAAGCCCAUCCAAACAAGUGUGAUAAUACAAGUGAACCAAAGAAAAGUCGGAAUCAUUGGGGCGGUCCUUCCCCAAACAAAAGAACUCUCAAGUCCAGGGAAUGUCAUAUUUUAUGACGAAAUCAAAAGCUUUGAAAGCGAAAUCGCGUACCUCAAGAAUCAAGGAGUGAAUGUUAUCGUAGCCAUUACCCAUUGUGGCUAUCUACGAGAGCUGGAAAUUAUGAAACAAGUAAAUGACUUGGACGUGAUUGUUGGUGGACACACAAAUACUUUCCUUUACCACGGCACUGGAUUUCCAAAAGAAAAUACCCCAGAAGGCGAUUAUCCCACAGUCGUAAAUAAAACUGAUGGUUCUAAAGGACUCGUAGUUCAAGCUUACUACCACGGAAAGUUCCUGGGAUUUUUACAGGUUGCGUUUGACAAGGAUGGAAAUGUCCUUCGUGGGACCGGAAACCCAAUUCUUCUAGACUCAACAGUAAAGGAAGAUGAAGAUAUGCUUAAAGUUAUUGAACCGUUCAAGAAAAAUGCCACUAAGGUAAUAAAUAAAGCAGUUGGUUGGUCCAAAGUGUUGCUCGAACAACAUGAUGAUAUAUGCCGAGUCCGGGAGUGCAACCUCGGCAAUAUGAUGGCCGAUGCCUACUUCGCCCACUAUGCGGAUAUGAACACGCCUUCUCCAGAUCUUUGGUCAGAGGUGAAUGCGGCGAUAAUAAACGGGGGAACCAUCAGAGCUCCAUUCCCACAAGGACCCAUAACUAUGGGGGACAUACUCACAACUGCACCAUUUGGUCAAACCAUUACCACAGUAACACUGAAUGGUACUGCCUUAAAACAGAUGUUUGAACAUUCAGUUGAAAGAUUCAGUUACCUAAACAGGAGAGGAGAAUUUCUUCAGGUUUCAGGCAUGCGCGUGGUGUACAACUUAUCGCUGCCAUCAUUGUGCCGAGUCAUAUCACUAAAAACACUGUGCAAAAAAUGUCAAGUACCUGUCUAUAAAGACGUAGUCCCUGAGGAAAUGUAUACAAUUGUUACCAUAGACUUCGUAGCCAAAGGCGGCGAUGGAUUUGCUAAGGCAGAACAAUACGGAGAAUCAGGUCCUGUUGAUUUCGACGUUUUAGUAAAAUACAUCGAAAAGAUGUCACCAAUCAAGACACCAAUUGAGGGGCGAAUAAUAAUCCAUGGGAACGUCAUGGAACCAAGCCCAUAA